AUGCCCAGCAGAACCAGCCGCUAUGCCCGGUACAGCCCCCGGCAGCGGCGCAGGCGGCUGCUGGCCGACCGCAGCGUGCGCUUCCCUAACGACGUCCUGUUCUUGGACCACAUCCGCCAAGGGGACCUGGAGCAGGUGGGGCGCUUCAUCCGGACUCGGAAGGUCGCCCUGGACACCAUCCACCCCUCAGGUCUGGCCGCCCUGCACGAGGCUGUGCUCUCCGGGAACCUGGAGUGUGUGAAGCUGCUGGUCAAGUACGGGGCUGACAUCCACCAGCGGGAUGAGACCGGCUGGACGCCUCUGCACAUCGCUUGCAGCGACGGGUACCCGGACAUAGCCAGGUAUCUCAUCUCGCUGGGGGCAGACAGAGACGCCGCCAACGACGACGGAGACCUGCCGUCGGACCUCAUCGACCCGGACUUCAAGGACCUGGUGGAGCUCUUCAAGGGGACCACGAUGGACUGA